ACAAUAAGAGGUAAUACAAAUGCAAGUUAUCACAAGUCUAAUAUGAGGGGAAGGUGAAGCAAGUUUUGUAAGCCUAAGACACGAGAAAUACUGGUGAGUCUUCUAUCUUAGGGUAGAGAAGGAUGCUGCUGGAAGGUAAUUGUUUCUAGCAAUAUCACUAUGCCAAUUCAUAUAUUACGUUAAACAUUUUAGAAUUUUUGGUCUUGUUGUCUGACUAGUAGCAGAAGAUGAGCAGGAUAUUAGUUAGUUAAUCUGCUAUUUUCCAAAGGAAGUUCUGUUAUUCUAUGAUUAAUUAUACUUCUCUAGAUCUACUUCAGUUAACCAUUUAUGUUUAGCUAGAUGUAUUUGUAAAAUUCCUUCUUUUGUAGCUAUUUCGAUAACUUCAUGCACUAAUGAUUGUAAAAUGAGAAAUCAGCUUUGAUUGUUUGAUUAACCAUGUAUACAUAGCCAUUACUUGUUGUCUGUAGAUACUCUCAGCUCUCAGUCAGAACUUCACGCAUUACAAAGUAAAGAAGUAUCAUUUGACCUAACAAAAGAAAAAACAAAGUGAAGUAUCAGAUUUAAUAUAUAUUUUUAUACAAGCUUUUUCUGUGCUUUCCAUCCAUUUAUUCAACUUAAACUAAUUUCAACUUGUCAUUUACCAUACUUUCAUCUUUACCAGUACUGACAUUAACCUGAUGUAUCUGUGGGAUGUGUAGUGCCUUUGAUGUUAAAAUUUCUAGGAUAGUAGAACUCUUGUUAAGGUUCAUGUGUGGAAGUUUCUAGAGAUAUAAGGGAUUUUCUUUUAUUUUAUGGGACAUCUUAAAGUUGGAUUGUCAACUUGAUAUGAGCAACCAAAAUCUCAGUUCCAUUUCUGUGCUUGCGUCUACGUGAACAGUUGUGUCCAUUCUCCUUCUAUCAGAUGGAUCAUAUUAUCCAUUCAUACACGAGUUUAGGAGCGGGUAUUACUACCCAUGUCGCAAUCAUAUGGACUAGUAUUACCAUAUAAUAUUGAUCAACCUUGUGUUUUAUGCCUCAGUACAAUAAAAAAUUUAAGAAUGUAAAAGAUGUUAGUAUGUGUCUCCAUCUACACUGUAGCAUACUGAUGUAUUUACCACCCAGUAGAGUCUGGUAGAUAUUUCAUUCUUUAACAGGGAUGUUGAUUUUUUGCGUUUAUAUGCCUUACAAAAUCUUUUCAUUUGUGAAAAUGUACCUGUUAUUGCUUUUCAUCAGUUGUAAAAAUACCUAAUCAUUGUGAUGGUGUGCCACUGAUUGUACUUAAAACUAGUAGCUAUAUCACCAGGCAAUCCUUUUCAAUGAAUUGAUAUGUACAAUGCACGUGCAGGCUCGCAUGUGACUAAACUCUUUUUUUUUUUUAAUGGUUCUUGUGAAUUGUUAAUUCUUCUUGUUUAGAGUCUUUAUGGGUUCAACGUGCAUUUUGAUUUAUAUUAAGGUUGAUAUUCUGUAGCAGGUUUUCAGACAGUUCCUAUUUUCAUGCAGACUGGUGCUCCAGAGAAACGACAGGAAGAGAUAAGGGCCGUGGCUGACAUUGUGAGGGAUUCACCCCACAAGAUCUUCAUAGGAGGAAUUUCUGAGGAUAUCUCAUCUAGUCUUCUUGAAGAGAUUGUCAGUGCAUAUGGGGAUCUUAAAUCAUAUCGCUUUGGGUUUGAGAAGAAACAUAAUGGACCAUGUGCUUUUCUCGAGUAUGAAGACCAUGCAGUUACUUUAAAGGCAUGCUCUGGGCUAAAUGGGAUGAAGCUUGGUGGGCAUAUUCUAACUGUAGUGCAAGCUCUUCCUGAUUUCCAGGUCGAGGUACUUUUAUUUUCAAAGUCAUCUAUUUCGCAUAAGAAAACAGAGUGUGCUCCAUGUUAUGAUAUUCCUGUGCAUGCCAAGCCACUACUUGCCCCAUCAACUAAAGUCCUUCAUUUAAAAAAUGUGUUCAAUGAGGAGUUUAUGCUGCUUUCUGAAUCCGAACUGGAGGAAGUGUUAGAUGAUGUACGUUUGGAGUGCACGAGGUUUGGAACUGUAAAAGAAGUCAAUCUCGUAAGAUACAACGACAACCAAGUAGCUGUUGCUGGAGCUUGUGAAACGUGUAAUAAUGAAGAUUCCAUCGAGAUAGAAUGCAGAACAGAGGAUCCAAGCGAUCAGCAUCAACACAGUCAAGAUCUAAUGCGUGAAGGAGACAUUGAAAGUGCAGGAGAUACCAGCAACGGUAGUGGUGAAGAUGUGCUGCGAAUCGAUGACUCUUCUGCAAUAGAGAUACAACAUAUUGCUGAUGUGGAAAUUGGCCAACAACUGGAAUCUAACAAGGUCACAAGUAUGAAUGAAGAACAGAUUGGCCCAAGUCCAGGUUCAUCGUCACCGAAACUAGAUACGGUAGAUGCCGAAAUUGGAAGUAGCUCUUGCCGGAAUGUUACUGCUGCUGAACCUGCAGAAUCCACAAUUGAUCGAAUGGACUCCAGAACAGUAGUAGACAAAGGAACUGGGGAUAGCGACGAGUUUGCGUUCGAACCAGGCAGUAUAUUUGUGGAGUUCUUAAGGAAAGAAGCAGCUUGCACGGCUGCACACUCAUUGCACGGUCGAACUUAUGGCGAACAGAUUGUCACAGCUGGCUUCUUCCCGUACGAUAAGUAUACAGCACGAUUCCAUGGAUCAAAGCAGUCAUGACAGUGAUUCAGACUUUAAAAUUGAUCUUCAUAGUAAAUGAAGGUUUUACGGAAGUAGAACUUGACAAAGACAUCGGAGGUUGUUAGUUAUUAUUACCCAUAUGUAAGUACAAAUAUCGAUAUUCCAAUUUCCUCUGCUAGAUUGCCUCCAGAUUUUGCUGCUGACUUUCUACUCAAAUAUGAGCAACAUGGAAAAUGAGUCUGUUAUGUGACUGGAACAUUUACCUGCUUACUGUCUUAAGAAUUUCAUUCACAUUGUCGAAAAUGGAAUUGGUUGAUGGGGGAUGAAAUAGUUAUUCAAUA